UCACGCUGAACUUGACCUUUUCUUGCCUGAGCCAUACUAUGAGGAAUCAAGAACACGUCGAGUCGAAGGCACGAGGUUGGCGAGAAUGGUGCCUAGGGAAAGAGGCCUUGGUUAUGAUGUGGCUUUCCAACAGUAUUUUAAUACUUUCCUCAGCCUGAAGAAGUUCAAGCCUAGCUUUGCUCCCUUUGUGGAUAGGCCACUUGGUCCUCCUUGGUUUACUCACAGAUUUCCUUCUCCACCAGAAUUUGAGAUGGUAACCAACAGCAUUUGGAAUGCUUACUUGAUGCCUACAGUCUUGUCUUGUCGAAUUGGCUUGACCUCUGGAGAUUUUGGGUUAGUUGGCUACUUCCCAAACCUGGUGUCUCGCCAAUUUGGCUUAACUCAAAUACUCCCUAAGAGCAUAUACUUGGAAGAGAGGGAGGUUUGUUUAGGCAAGCAUGGCAUGACAGAACCACAGUUCCAUUCAUUCUUGAACCACUUCAAUCAGCCUUCUUAUGAGCUUACCCCAUUCGACUUCGCUCCCUCACAUGCCUGCACUAGGGAAUUUUUUACCUGGUGGUCUCGACACUAUGAAGGACGCCUGGUUGACAAGACUGCCUUACUCACUGCUAUCUCUAAUGGGUUCGACUCAUCUAUUUUGAACAAGAUUAAGUCGAAAUUGAACGCCAGAGGGAGUAAGUCGAAGGCAGGUUCCAGCGACUCUAGCAAGCCUCUUCCUCCACCAUCUAAGGUUGAACUACAGAUUGCUUCACGCAAGAGGCCUCAUUCAACUGAAACUCCUUCUGUUUCGAAAAAACAAAAGCCUGUUCCAGCCACUUGUUCGAGUGCUCCAGAUAAGGUACUUAUCUAGCAAAAGACUUUUCUCUUCUUUUCCUUACCUGCGAACUUACGGAGUUGUGGCUUGCAGGAUAUUCCUGUUCUCUCGA